AGGAGGAAGGAGUCACCUUAAGUAUUUAUGUGUGGGUCCCCCACCGGGUCCCCGCGCUGUUCACUACCCUCCGGGAGAUGCCCAAACCUCGGGCCGCACUAGAGUCUACAGCCGCCGCCGCUGCCGCCGCUUCUCCUCAGCCAGCAAGCGGAACCGGAAAAGUAUUACCCCCGGCUGCUUCCGCCUAGACUGGGGUGAAUGUGAUCAGGUGACCUUUUCCAGCUGACUGCAUGAGAAGGUGGGGGAGGCUAGCCGCAGUGACUGGCGACUUAGAAGCCAGAAGUAAUAGGCCUGGGUACUAAUCUGUCACCACCAGACAACAACCACCAGGAUGUCUACCAAAGACCGCAUCGAUAUCUUCCCUUCGCGAAUAAAAGUUAAGAGAGAAAAAAGAAAGUUAUAGAGUGAUGUGGUGGAAAGAGUGUGGGAUUUUUGAGUUCAAACUUCAGUUCUGCUUGCUAGUUUUGUGGUCUUGGAUAGUUCAUUGACACUCUCUGAACCUGGGGCACAGACCAUUAUGAAGGCUCGAUUAAAAGGCGCACAAACAGGUCGGAACCUCCUAAAGAAAAAGUCUGAUGCCAUGACUCUUCGAUUUCGGCAGAUCUUAAAGAAGGUCAUUCAGACCAAAGUACUAAUGGGUGAAGUGAUGCGAGAAGCUGCUUUCUCACUUGCUGAAGCCAAAUUCACAGCUGGCGACUUUAGUGCCACUGUUAUUCAGAAUGUGAACAAAGCUCAAGUGAAGAUUAGAACAAAGAAAGAUAAUGUAGCAGGUGUUACCUUGCCAGUAUUUGAACAUUACCAUGAAGGAACUGACAGUUAUGAAUUGACUGGUUUGGCCAGAGGUGGGGAACAAGUGACCAAACUGAAGAAGAACUAUGGCAAAGCAGUAGAGCUGCUAGUGGAACUAGCAUCACUCCAGACUUCAUUUAUUACGCUGGAUGAGGCCAUUAAAAUAACAAACAGACGGGUGAAUGCCAUUGAGCAUGUGAUCAUUCCCCGGAUUGAGCGUACACUUAAUUACAUUGUCACAGAACUGGAUGAGCGAGAACGUGAAGAGUUUUACAGGUUAAAGAAAAUACAGGAGAAGAAGAAGAGUGUCAAAGAAAAAUUAGAGAAGGAGAUAUCCUGCCUGAAAGCAUCUGGAGAAUUGCCAGAGCCUGCUAAUCUGCUGGCAAUAGAAAAGGAUGAAGAUCUUCUAUUUGAAUAGCCCUUUCCAUUCUAUCAUCUUUGAGACCUUGGUCUUGUGCUUUUCUUAUAAUACAUGGUAUCCAGGUUCUGUGUGUAAUGGGCAAUUUGUUAUAGCCCAAAAGUUCUACUAGUGUAUAUUAGUUAUUGGGAUUAUUUGGAGGGAUCGUGAUUAUGUCAUUUGUAGGAUCUGCCACUAUUUUGGUGGUAAUUGACCAGUCCAGGAACCUGUAGAACUAUAACCUAUUGAUAUUUCCUCAUUUCAUUGGUUUGUGUAUGUAUUCAGUUUUGGUGUUCUAUACUCUAGUAUUUGAAAAAAUAUCCCUUUGAAAACAGCAAUGAUUCACACAGAUCUAAUAACCUAACUUCUACAUACAUAGUCAUUGCUUUGACCCACUUUCAACUUUUGCUUUUGUCACCAUGGUGCUUCAAUCUAGCCUUGGGUAAAUUGCUUCAUGCCUUUUUUUUUCCUUGCAUGGCUGGUCUCAGUCCUGUGGAAGAAGACUUUCCCCCUCCAUUAUGGAAGAAAUUCUGCCAAUUCCUGUGUAACUAUAAUAUGUAAGCAGAGUAAAAGAAUUUUAAAAUGA